AUGGAUUUUAUACGUGAUUCUAUUCAACCAUUAUCAAAUUAUGAAACAUAUUUGAUCGUUAAACAAGUACAUGAAAAUGAAAAACAAAUGCGUCGAAAUGCCGAUCGAACAUUCGAACAUAAUAAUAUUGGUUUAAAUACUGUUACUUAUGAAACAUUGAAAUAUCUGGAAAAUACAUCGUGUAUCGAACAAACAGAAGAAAUAAUGAAAACAUUCUAUAAUUGUGUCAAAGACAAAUAUAAUUUGAGAAAAUUGGAAAUUUUACAAAUGUUAAAUUUACGUCCAUCAACGCCCGUUGAAUUACAAUUGAUUAUAGAAGAUUCUGAAACACGUUUAAGCGAUCAACAAAUCGAUGAAUUAUUAAAUAUAAUAGUCACACUGUUACCUGGAAAAGAAAUGAUGGAUACACAAUGA